GGUUAACGAACUUGAUGUGAAGGGAUGAUCGGCGUUUCAGGGUUCAUGGGCAGGUUUGCAUUCCUGCAGUCCCAGAAAAUGCUGGUGGUUUCACAUGAAGUUUGUCAUUACCCCUGGUCCUGAUUUGGGUGGAGAGCGUUUGGGACAUAUGGGGCUAUGGGCAUCAUGUCAUGUGCCGUCCGUUCCUUUGAUCUCUCCUAUCCUGUCUGAUCCUCACACAUCCAUGCUGCGUGUUCUUUCCCUAUCUGAUGGGUUUUCUUCUUUCUCGACCUCGUCGCUUGGGCAAAGGUCACCCCUCUCAUCAUUACAUGCAUUGUUAAAGGGAUUUUUCUACUUUUCUUACUUUCUCUCUACUGUCAACAAAUACCCCCGGAGCUCUCUUGGUCUUUUCACAUCUUCGCAUUCAGAUAUCCCCCAUCCAUUUUCAUUAUCAUUAUCAAAUCAUAAACGAAACCUUACCAUUCAUACAUUCAUAUUACACAUAUUGUUACAAUACACAGACCACAAACAAAGAGAGAGGAAGAAGAAGAAGAGCCAUGCAUAUGUCGGUUUACGACUUUCUUUUUACUACUCUAGGAAAGGAGGAAAGAAUACCCAAGACAACACCCGAGGAAGGACGACGGAACGCAUAUGCAAUGGACGGACGUAUGGUACGCUCACACACACAUAUACAUACCCACGGGCGGACGGACGGAAGGCGAUUACGGAACAGGAACUAGGACAAAGCAAGACAGGCGUCGGACAAACUUUUGUGUCGGUUUUAGGUCAGGUGGAUGUCAGUUUUUAGUUUGAUAUUCGGCGACAACGGACGGCGGCGAACGAAGGGUGGUUGCUUGGGUUUUUAUGUUUCUGUCUGAGGACAGGCAGGUGAAACACAAACCUGUCCGGCGUACAAAACAGCAUUCUUCGGCUGGGGGGUUUAUUGCUAGCUUUUUAAAUAUUUAAAAACUUUACCACUACUACAA